AUGGACGUACAUCGUCAGGCAAAUAACGUCCCCGAGUCCAUGGUAGCAUCAAUUUCUUCGUCCGGCUCCGUCCAGCACGCUCCAAGAAGACCAAAGGUCUGUAGGGGUUAUUACAAAAAUGCCGCUCUUUGGCAAGUAAAAUCAGAUACGUCGAUUAAUAAGGGAAAAUGGUUUUGGACAUGCCCCGUUAAAAAUUUCGAUUACCAAUGCCGCUUUUUUCAUUGGGCAAGUGAUAGUGAAGUAGAUGAAUACUUUAGAUCCCUAGACGCUGAGUAUGGAUCGGAAGAUGCUACACUUUUACAACGAACAAGCUAUAACUCAUUUCCUACAAGAACAACGGUCGAUAUUACUCCCAACAAUGAUACAUUUGAUAACGAUAUUGGUCAAAUUGUUGAAACUUUGGCUGAAGAUUCAGAUUUAGCUUCAACAAAUUCAAGAAAACACCCGCGAGACAAUGAAGAAAGUAAUGCUAAUGAAAUUUCUUACGAUAUUACGCAAGAGAGCCUUAGCUCUACCUCAUCAGCCACUGAACAUUCCACAAAGAGAUUACGAACCAAUAGCGAUUUAAAUGCUAAUGGUGAAUACGCCGAAUCAGCACUUGUUUUAGUUCAACCAAACGAUGAAAUUAUUUUAACUGAAGAUGAUUUCGACCCUACAUGGCUUGAAUCCGUAGCGGCUGAAUUGCGAGAAGAACGUGUAGCUAAAAAAUCUGUUUCGACUGCAGAAAAUAAUAAUAACGUCGUGGAAGACAGUAAUAUUCAACAAGUUGAAACUCCAUUGACUGUAAAUUCCGAUGAUUCGGAAGAAAAUAAUAUCACCGCGAAUGAAAAUAAUGCGAAUACAUUACAAGACCGUGACUCUAAUGGAUCACAGUCUUCUCCAACUGCAUAUUCAGAUCAGGAAAAUGUACCUCAAUUUACCACUUCGCAACUUGCGGAAAUACUUCGGAACCAUGUUUUGGCUCAAGAUCAAGUUAUCUCCGAUUUGAAAAGUAAAUUAGAUUUUACUACCAAACAACGCGACCAAGCGGCUAAAGAUCUGGACGAAGCUCGGAAGCAAGUCUUGACAGUACGGAGAGAGAUGAAACGUUUGCGUCAUGAAAUUGAUGUAUCACGAGCUGAAAAUAACUUUUUACGGGCUGAAAAAAAAUUAUUAAGUCAUGAUAUUAAUGUGUUGAAACAAAAGAGGAAAGUUUGA